AUGAAAAUAAUCGAUAAAUGUCCCAAACCAAGAUUCAAUACUGGUUGUACAUAUUGUGAUGUUAACUUUACUAAACCUAUAAGUUAUGAUAAUUUGAACCUGACUAAGGUUUUACCGUCGAAGCAUUUACUUUAUUUAAGUCAUGGAUUGAAAGAUAUAAGUCAAUUGCCUAGCAAAUAUAAUAAUUUCGGAUUGUUAGGAGACAUUCAUAAUUUGUCUACUACACAUAAAUGGGAUAUUAAAUCAUUGAAUAGUUUUUUAUUCUUAGAAGACCACAAGCAAGUGGAAGUUGAAGGUAAAGAAACAAUUUAUCUUUAUCCUGAUAAUGUUAAAAUCGAAUUUGAUGCCACUAAUUUAAAAAAAUUCAUGGUAAAAUACCUUAUAACAGAGAAAAUUAAACCAGUUUAUAAUCCUUUCAAACCUAAUGACACAAAACAAAUAGAUUUAAUCAAUGAAGAAAUUGAAAGUAUCCGUAAUGAAAUUACACCCCAAGACUUCAAUGAAUCCAAAAUCAUUAAUAAUUUAUGGUUAAUUUGUGGCCACGGAAAUAGAGAUGAAAGGUGUGGAACUAUAGCACCAUAUCUUAUAAAUGAACUUAAACAAAUCAAAAGUCCCAAAGAUCAAAUCGGAGUUGUAAGUCAUAUUGGGGGACAUGCUUAUGCUGGGAAUGUAAUUAUUUACCCUGAGAAUAUUUGGUACGGUAGAGUUAUGCCAGAUAAAAUUCAAGGAAUAUAUGAAAGUUAUAAUAAAGGAGAAAUCAUUCAAGAACUCUAUAGAGGAGAUUUAACUCAUUGA